ACGUGGUAAAGGAUCUCAGACACUCAGUGGAGUAUCUUGUCCUGCUGUUUUAGGACCAGUGAGCCUGCGGUUCUUCCUAACGGCACGCGUAGAUCACGGUUUAAAGGAGCGAUCCGAAGAAGGUGGGCAGCAGAGAUGUCCGAGUUAAAGGAGCCACCUUAUCGCUUAAUAUGGUUAUGCACUGAGAUACUUAUUGGCCUAAAGGCUGGGGCCAGGAAGGUGAAAAGGAAAUCACUCAAGAGCAGUGUAGACUCUGUGAUAAGGAAGGUGUAUCUGUGAACAUGCUACCUUCUAAAAUAUAUUUCCAUGGAGCAGCAAAAUUCUUACAUUAAGGAUGAGGACACAGAAUGGACUUCUGUCCACCUCACAACAGGCAGUCCGUGCAAGUCAUUGAAAAACUGUGUCAUGGAGCAAAAACUGGUGCAUAUCAAGGAGGAGGACUGUGAGUGGGGUCCUGUCCACCACGGUUCAGAGAGUCAUUCAAUAAAAGUGAAGGAUAGUGCAGAGAAAGUUUCAAUUUUUAAAAAGGAAGAAUCGGAGGAAGGCUAUAUUGGCAAUAAAAUGGAGGAUUCUGAAUGUGCAAUGCGAAACUAUGAAACUGUAAAAAUUCUCAAAGAAGAUUUGUCCUUAGAGAAUGACUUCAGUCCACCAGCUCAUCCAACCUUACAGAAAGGGGCCACCAAAAAAAUUCUGUGCUCUUCUUGGCCACAACUGAAUCCUAAAUUUCCACCGGUUGAGGCGGAAAUCACUCGGCACAUAUUUUGCACAAGAGAAACAAAACAACAGAUAUGUACAAUGCACACUGGAAUUGAUUUACAAGAAAGUCACAACUUCUCACAAUCUUCAGUAGCUCAGACCUUGCUUCAGUGCAGUCCUGAUCUUAAGAGACAAACAAAAAAUCACCCUGGGGAAAAAGCGUCAUUGCUGUACUGA